AUGGACGCAGGGACAGAUGGACAGAGGGAUGCUGCAGGCUUCCUGAUCUCCGAGUGCUGCUUCCCCCUGCUCAAAGCCAAGCCUGGCAAAGCCAAGUGAGCCCGGACCACCUUCAGCAGCGACGAGCAGCUGGCACAGCUGGAGCAGGAGUUCAGCUGGCAGCAGUGCCUGGUGGGGCAGGAGCGCUGCCUGCUGGCCUGGAACCUGCAGUUCAGCCAGGAGCAGGUGAAAGUCUGGUUCCAAAACCACAGGAUCAAGUGGAGGAAACAGAGCCUGGAACAGCAACAAGCCAAAGUGGCCAAAACGGGUUUGGGCACCCCACAGAGGAGCCCAGACCCACAGAGCCACCUCGAGGAGGACAAGGACUGCCCAGCAGAGCCAGGGGACAGCCAGGAGGACACGUCCUUGUCCCCAGGCUCAGGGACAGCCCCUGCACAGACUGUGACAAAGAGCUGCUGA